UCCGAAGAUAUAUUUUUGGUUAGUUUGAUACACAAGGCCAAAGUUGUCAUUUCAAAGAAACCUUGAGGAACCGGAGAGAAGGAAGGGAGUUUUAUAAUCUACGAGAGAUUUUUACUAGCAGUUCUGGGAAGAUACAAGAGAGCGAACAGUAGACUGUCAGCGUGCGAGAGAGAGAGAGAGAGAGGAGCACAAAGCGUUCUCACAUGAAUAAGAUCAAAUUGCUCUGCCCAUCUUGUCCCAGAGGUGGCCUCAUAGAUCUGCUACUGCUACAGUAAUAACAGAGGGAGAGAGCGAGAGUGAAAUUAAGGGAGGAGAAAGGAGAUCGAGACUAACUGUUUCAGAUCUUCGCUUCUCUGCUUCCUUUGAUCGGAUCAUUUGCCAUCUGGUUUGGUUCGGUUUCUUAUAAGCUUGAUGGAGUCCAGAAGAGUGAGGAGGAGACAUGGUUUCAUGAUGAAGGAGGCUAUAACCUUGUGCUGCGGUUUCAUCUUCCUCUUCUCUCUUUUUGCUGUGCUUUCGAGCUCUUCCUAUCGCCGGAGCGUUCGUCUCGGUGUUAGAAGCUUAAUGGCGACUGACCCCCACUCUCAGGCGUGGGCCUGGAGGGGAGCAAGUCACGCAGUCAAAUUACGCCAUUGUUCUUCUAAAUCCUUGUUGAACGAGUGGCGCAUGUUAGCCGGGUCAGCAAAGAAGUGGUGGCAAAAGAAGACGCGGGCGGCGGGGCGGGGGUGGUGUGCGGUGUGUGUGCGCAGUGUGGGUGUGCGGGGAGGACGCCUGAGGACACCGUCUGCCGCGCACCGUGUGGCGGUGGCCGCGAGGCGGAGGAAGCUCGUCGGCGGACCGGGGUCGUACCCGCCACGGUGUACGGGCAAGUGCGACGACUGCACCCCGUGCAACCCGGUGCACGUGGCUGUGCCGCCCGGCACUCCGGUGACCACCGAGUACUACCCAGAGGCGUGGCGGUGCAAAUGCGGCAACAAACUCUACAUGCCCUGACACCAUCGUCUCCGUGGAGUCCUGAUCAACCCAAGGAACUCCGUGGGACCUUAUAUCUCCCUCCCAUUGUUUUCGUCACUGUUGUAUACUGGGGAGGGAGUACGCAAGACUGAUACUCCUCGGCUGAGGACUGGAGUAGUAGCUAUCAUGGAACGUGGACUGACCGAGUCUUAUCCUCUCGUGCGAAGCUAAACACGAGGAAAAGAUGACGGAGACAUGCAUUUUGAAGUAGAGGAAAAUUGAUAUAUAUAUAUAUAUAUAUAUAUAUAUAUAUAUAUAUAUAUAUAUAUAGUCGACAGAGAAAACAUGAGUGUCUGGUGUGGUUUUGAUUGACGGAAUAUCUAAUAACCACUGCAAUCGACACCGAUUCACCUCUGCAUCUAGUGAUAUGAUAUCCGGCGACGACUUGUUGACUUAUCAAGCGAAGCUUCACCAUUGGCUCACUACUGUCCGAAAAGUAGAACAGCUAAAAUAAGAGAUGUUUGUCUUUGUCAUGCUUCGAUUAGCUAAAUAUUAAACCAGUAGACAACUUGUCUGGUUAGCAA